CUCCAUCAUGCAAUUGUCACUUUAUGACAUUGUUAUACGCUAUAGUUGUUUUUCGUCAGAGAUAAACACGAAAUUGAAGGUGAAACUGAAAAAAAAUGAAAAAAGGCAGAUAAGACAAUGUGAAUAAAUCAAAAGUUUUAUUCUUUGAAUCUCUUGGCUGAAUUUCUGGGAAAAAAAUUAAUUAAGUGAAUAGUAAUUUGCAUCGCUUGUGAUGAGUUAAUGUUUGCCUAUAGCAUUUGAUUUUAACAUUUAUUAGAUCUUCCUAAUUACAGCAAAUGACUGAACCUACAGUGAGAUCGGAUUUAUUCACUGCUGCUAAACAAUUAGCAGACAGUGAAAUUGAGCUAAUAAAAGUGAUUGAAAGUUCCAGCAAGUGUGAAGAAACUGCUACAAAUAUGUUUGAAAGUGUUAAGAAAACAAGGAAGACUGGAAAAUCAAAAAAUGUUCGUCCAUCAGCUGCACUAUUGGCGGCCAAACGAGAGGCAGCGCAACGACAGCUGCUGUUCGGCAAGAAGUCCAAUAACAGUUUUAUACGAGACAUAUAUCAAAAUGCAAUUGAUGCAUAUAAAAUAGUGCGAAAGGAGACUGGUCUUGUAUUUGAUCGAAGUAUGGCAGAGCAUGAAUGUCUCUGGGAUUCAAAUUACCCCGAAUGCCCUGCUAGAUUUACACAAGUUUUGCAGAGGUGUGAAGAACUGGGUUUGGUGCAAAGAUGUAAGCUCAUCGAAGCAAGACUGGCUACAGAGAGUGAGAUUCUGACAAAGCACAGCCAAAAACAAAUUGAUAUCCUGAAAGCGACAGAUGGCUGUGCAGAUUCUGAGAAUUUGGAAUUGCUCUCCUCUAAGUACGAUGCUAUCUUCGUUCAUCCAUCUACAUAUAAAUUAUCUUUACUAGCUGUGGGCUCAACGAUGAAUUUGGUGGAAAGUAUCUGUAAAGGCGAGAUUCAAAAUGGUAUGGCUAUUAUUAGACCACCAGGUCAUCAUGCCAUGAAAUCAGAAUAUUGUGGUUAUUGUUUUUUCAACAAUGUGGCUCUUGCAGCAGAGAAAGCUUUGAGCAGUAAUUUGGCCAAUAGAAUUUUAAUUGUAGAUUGGGAUGUUCAUCAUGGACAAGCAACGCAGCAAAUGUUUUACAAUGAUCCACGUGUAGUUUAUUUUUCAAUACAUCGUUAUGAACACGGCGGAUUCUGGCCUAAUUUGAAGGAAUCUAAUUUUCAUUAUAUUGGAGAGGAUCUCGGAGAGGGUUACAACUUUAAUGUACCCUUAAAUAAGACUGGCAUGACCAAUGCUGAUUACAUUGCGAUCUUCCAGCAAGUUCUAUUGCCAAUGGCUUAUGAAUUUCAACCAGAUCUUAUAAUAGUAUCAGCUGGUUAUGAUGCAGCUCUAGGUUGUCCAGAGUUCUCUCCAGACCUCAUCCUUAUUUCCGCUGGAUUCGAUGCCGCAAUCGGUGACGAGAAGGGUGAGAUGUUAGUAACCCCAGCGUGUUAUUCUCAUUUACUAUCAUCGUUAUUAAGUCUAGCAGCUGGAAAAGUCGCCGUAGUUUUAGAGGGUGGUUAUUGCUUAAAAUCUUUAGCAGAGGGUGCAGCACUGACUUUAAGAACUUUACUGGGUGAUCCAUGUCCUAUUUUACAAACACUUGACUUGCCAUCAUCAAGUAUACGUGACACUAUUCUGAAUGUAAUCUAUGCACACAAACCAUAUUGGAAAUGUUAUCAGUACCAAGAUAUGUAUAUCAAUACCCAAGUAGCUUAUGAGGAGGAACUUGCUAAUAGACAUGCAGUUAUGGUUACAUACAAAGGUAGCAUUUUUAAACCAGACAAGUAUGAAACACGGAAUUGCUAUCCUACACAAAGCAAAGAAAUUUUGGAAAUCAUGGAUAAGAAAUUGAAUGAAUUGAUACUAUAUUUAAAUAUUAAAACACAUAUGAUAUAUAAAAGACGUCUGAAAUAUAUAUAUAACUUUUUAUUUAACUCAAAACAAGUUACAGAAAAAAGAAAAAAAAAUAUGAUUAUUUCUUUUUCCCACACAAAGGGAAGGAGUGCAACAAUAGAAGAAUUAUCCUUGGCUCAUUCAGAAGACUACAUCGACAGCAUCAAUAGGACAUCGACUUUAAAACCUAAAGAAUUGCAGAAGCAAGCGUCGGAUUAUAAUUCCGUUUAUCUUCACACCGAAACGUGGUCCAGCGCCUGCGUGUCCGCCGGUUGUCUUUUACAAAUGGUAGACGCGGUUUUAAAUGGGGAAGAUCAAUCCGGAAUAGCCAUUGUGAGACCACCGGGACACCAUGCUGAGGAAGAUAUUGCAUGCGGUUUUUGUAUUUUUAACAAUGUGGCUAUAGCUGCACAAUACGCCGUACAAUUUCAUCAUAUAAAGAGAGUGUUGAUAGUGGAUUGGGAUGUGCAUCACGGUAAUGGAACACAAUCUAUCUUUGAAGAAGAUCCAAAAAUUCUUUAUAUUUCUGUUCAUCGUUAUGAUAACGGAAGCUUCUUUCCAAAUUCCAAAAGAGCUAAUUAUACGAACGUUGGUUUAAACGCAGGCGAAGGAUUCAAUGUAAACAUACCGUGGAACAAAAAAGGGAUGGGAGAUGCUGAAUACAUAGCAGCUUUCCAGCAAAUCGUGAUGCCCAUUGCUUAUCAAUUUAAUCCAGAGCUGAUUUUGGUUUCUGCUGGAUUUGAUGCUUGCGUGGGUGAUCCACUUGGAGGUUGCUUGGUAAGUCCAGAGCUCUACGGCCAUUUGAUCCAUUGGCUCUCGUCCCUGGCCAAUGGUCGCAUAAUCCUCAGUCUUGAAGGAGGCUACAACAUCAAUUCCAUUUCUCAUGCAAUGACCAUGUGCACCAAGGCUCUCUUGGGCGAUCCCCUGCCCAUGCUGGAUCCCGGUUUGAUCCCCUGCGCUAGCGCGGUCAAUUCCAUCAACAAUGUGCUAAAGACUCAUAAGAAAUUCUGGUCUAAUCUGCAAUAUGGAAUGUCCUUGCCAAAAGAAAAGCUACUUCCCAAGCUCAAGAAAACUCUGAAUAAGCUUGACGAACAAGGAAGAAUUACAGAAAAACCGAAACAAACGGAAUCGAAAAUCGCCUUAGAAGUAAUCGAAAGCGAGAAAUUGGAAUUGAACUUGGAGAUCGAUAAGAAUUGUUUGAAUCUAGUGACAGAUGAAGAAAUUCUGAAAUUAACAAAUGAAGUGGAGAAUAUUAAAAUUAAGAACUCUGAAUUACGCCCGACGAGAAGCGCAACGGAUGAGACUAGGAGAAAUCCUGGAUUAAAAAAAAACGAAGUGAAAAAGUUGGAUGUUUCGCAAAGUAUACAAAAAUGCUUAAAUAAAACGAACCAAUCGAGAGACAGCCAGCAAGGAGGUUCUCGUACACGCGAGAAUCGUGAUAACGAAAACGCGAUCUCUCAAAUACAUAACACACCAUUGGGAUCUCUUAGGCAAUAUCUCUCUGAAAAUUUUCAGGCUCUGACAGCGGAAGAAAUGUUCGCGGUGAUACCUCUGCGAGAUUGUCCUCACCUGUUCACAGUCAAUGAGGUUCCCCCUGGUGGAAUCGAUGUAACUUUACCUUGCAUGGAGUGCGCCAGUACUGCGGAGAAUUGGAUCUGCCUGCAAUGUUACACCGUACAUUGUGCUCGUAGUGUCAAUCAGCACGCGAUGCAACACGCAGAGGAGUGCGAGCAUCCCAUCACGCUCAGUUUCAGUGACAUCUCCGUUUGGUGCUAUGGUUGUGAAGCCUAUAUCGAUAACCCUCGAUUAUACGCGGCAAGAAACGCGGCUCAUCAAAGCAAGUUCAAUGCACAGCUUCCUUGGACUUAUAACGAAAAUGACAUAUAAAUGCAUUUUAAUUAAUAAUAAGUUAAUUAAAAAAAAUAAAAUCAAUAAAACAAUAAAAAAAUUCUCUGAAAUUUGCGAUUAGAUAAAAAUUCGGAAGAUGAUCAGUAUAUAAUUCUAUAAUUUAAUAUAUUCUAUAAUUUAAUAAACCACACAAAAAAAUUACACAAAAAAUUAUUGCGCCAUAAUGUAAUUAAAGUCUACAUAUAUAUAAUUACUUCCAAUUAUUUACAUAUUUAUUUUCAUAGUUUUGGAUAAAUUAAAUCUGAAGUUUUUUAUAGGCAUAAAAAUUAAUUUUGACAAUUUUUUAAGUUAAAUAUUAGAAUGCUCAAACAUUUUUCAAAAGUAAUAUUUCCUACUGUAUAUUAAUCUUUGUCGAUGAUAGAUAUAUCUCGUCUUAAAGGAAUUAAAUCAUGAAAUUUUUCAUAAUUUACAAAAAUAGUGUUCUGUUAUAAAAAAGAAUUGGGACAUUAGGAUUGCUAAAAAUAAGCUGUAAAAAUGUUAGUAACACACCGAAUUAAUUUAUUAUUAUUAUUUGUUAAAAAAUAUAUUUUAUCUAUAAUAAAAUAAAAAUACCUCGUGCUGAUUCUCAAUUGUAGGAUUACAUAUAGUGUUCUGAAAGUUCAGGGAUUCAGCGAAUUAAAAAAGAAUUCUUUAAAAAGUAAUCCGCUUUUUCCAUGUAAAUAAUUUAACCGUUUAAUUCACUAAAUAUAUAAUAUCCUUUACU